CCGCACCGCACUUGUUUUUAGAUAGCUAAGCUAUUCAUAUCAUGAAAUGCUCAGCCCAGAGAUAUUUCAAACGGAAAAUCGGAGCGCCGGAAAGAUGAAACGACUCAUCAGGCUCAGUAUCACCUUUGUGCUGCUGUUGAUAUCUAGCGUACACUUGAGUAUCAUAAACCACGUCCAUUUUGAUGACGACACAAGGAGAGUGGCGUACCACACAGCUGCACCGUACGGUACUCUCCAGUGCGGGAAGAUGUGUGCGUUGGAGGGACGAUGCAUCGCCAUCAAUUACCACAAGGGCGCUCGCACCUGUGAGCUUGUAGAACAAGCUGCUACUGUUGUAUUGGAUUCCGCGGGAUGGGUAUCCACAUCAGAUAUAACAUUUGUCAAUGGAAAACUUGGAUCCUGUUCAAAUGUUAGCAUUCCUGAACUCAACGAAUGCGUUCCUUUAAGAAACGGGGGACAAACCAGCAUGAUAAAAUACUGCCCAGCAACACCAUCUGUGCCUUCAUGUUACACAACGUCUACUUCAAGAAGUGUUCGUGAUGCUGUCACAUACAAGUGCAAUCCAGAUUUCAACUGUACGGAAAAUCUGAAUGGUAUCUGCCUUCCGAAUGGUCAAUGGUCCUCAUCUAGCUCUAUUGCGCAGUGCUUUCAGGACAGUGUAAGAUUAGACAGCGGUACCAACCAAACCGAGGGUCGAGUCGAAAUUUACCGCGAUGGUGUCUGGGGUAAGGUCAUUGGUGCCAGCUGGUACGCCAAUGACGCUGCAGUUGCCUGCAGACAACUCGGAUAUAGUGGUGGUAACGCUACUCUCAAAUUAAAGUCCGACUUUGGGAAGCUUUGGUCGAAAUCGGGGGAAUGCGUUGGAAAUGAACUGAAAAUAGCUGACUGUCCGAUUGAUUGGUUUCCAAUCCUUCAAAAUUGGCGUCCUUUCAACGCCGGAGUAAAUUGUACAGAUUUAGGAACACGUGUGUAAAUCUAGGAAAUUGAAGAAGACAGCAUGUCAGACACUAGUUCUUUUGUCGCCGGAUUCAAGUGUUUGACAUCUACUUAUGAAAACUAUUGUCCAGUACAUUUAACUCAGAAUUGGCAAAUCACUCCCUAACUAUUCAAAGCGGCUCCUGUCCGAUAUUGGGAUAUAGCACGGUCUGUCUUGAAAUGUAUCAAGCUAGUAAGAUAACAAAGCAAACUCGCGUAUACAGUUAUACAUGCAACAUGAAUAUAUGUGAUUAACAACUAAAAACGUUUUAAAACAGAAGCAAUUAGAGGCAAUUAGAAUUGCAUUUAAAUGUUGUUCUGUAUAUUUAUCUAUAUUAAGUUUACCUUGGUUUUACAAUAAUAGCGAGUAGCUUUCGCCUUCCUUCUACUAAAUGACUUACAGGUUGCUUCGCAAAGGCGUUGAACUUAUCUUAAAAUAUAAUAUGGCAAAUACUACGAACAAUGAGGUGCAAUAACCACUAGAUGUCCGAGGAAAUGAAAAACGUAUUCCAAACGUUUGUUUGUCCAUGUUGAAAGCUAGCAAAGUAAACAUUUUACUGCAUCAUAUCGCAAUUUCGUCCAUUUAACAAGGAUUCAUCAGACGCAUCAUACUGAGUUAACAGUUCUGAAAUAAGUUUUAACAUAGAGCUCUAACUGUGAUUCGAUUUAGCCCGCGGAAGGACGGCCUCAUAGCAAUUAAUACAUCACUAUCUUAUUAAGUACGUUCCCCUUUUUGCACGAGAAAGUUAGCGAGAGGUUCGUUUAAAAGUUCUUGUAGUUCAAGGAGGAUAGCCCCUAUAUGAUGUACAACUAUGGUCAACAUUUUGAAAUAGCUUAGUAGUAUAUAUAGUUUGAUGAAAAUCUUGCAGUAGAUUAAUAAAGUUG